CUUCCAAAAAGAUACACUUUCGUUUUUUAGUAAACGAAGAAGUACUCAGGCGGUCUACCUUCAUACACAGCUCGUUCAGGCUGAAAAAUGGGUUGCAUUUAUUACGCCUUGCUGCAUGCUUUUAUGAUUAUCGGUAUCUCUCAUUCAUCAGCGAGAAGACCGACCUACAAAGAUUCGCAGUUAACCGGUCGUUUAUACAACGGAACUGGACGCUCGAACAGUUACCGAGACAGUGCUCGUGGAUCUAAUUACGACAAUUAUGGCCCAAAACCAGUGGAAUGUGUAUGCCCCCCGCCAACAAGCUCUCCUGCAACGGCCGCACCGGCACCGUCAGCGUAUCCAACCGAUAUCAGCGCAAAUUCGUUAACGGUGAAAGAAAUCCGUCUGGGCCAAUGGCUGAUCCGUGAUGAAGAGUGCGAUGAGGACGGACAACGCUGCCUGGUAUUCCGCGACGCCACCGGUAGCGAUGAAGACCGGCUGGCGCUCAAAGAAGGCCUGGGCUCGUCCACCUUCGAAGGCCAAGGCAAACUGAAACUGCACGCCGUCGAUCUGAAUGACCUGCAAAUCGGAAAGGACUGGAAACUGUACCAGGAUGACAGCAGUGGAGCGUUGUGGAUACAGGACCGUGUGACGGCUGGACUGCACCGUAUCGCCAUUAAUCGCGGGAUCGGCAGCACCAUUAAUUUCAAUCCGGCGGUGCUGACCAACGGAGCCGGGCAGCUGCAAGUAACCGAAAUCCAGUUCGAACGCAAAUGGUUGUUCCAUCAUGGUCCCUACCCUGCGGCUGGUCCAGAAUACUUUGUCCUCCGCGAUUACGACGCAUAUCUUAACGGAAGGCAAGAUUACAGAUACGCUUAUAAGGAGAAAACUAAUCAAAAUUUUUAUACUUAAUGCAGUUGUUCGCUUGCCGGUUGUUUUUAUAAUGUGCCUAACAGAUAUCGAGCUUCUCC